UUAAAGGUCCGUCACGUGACGACGGUUUUGGCGCGAAAUCGUGCACCUCUCUACGCGCCUUUGUUGAACUGCAGUGGGAGCCGCUCUGUUAGCGCAAUCAUGGGGAGUACCGACGCAGAACAACGAAUUCGGGAGUAUCAGAGGGAAUAUUUAGAAUUUUUAGACGACGACGACGACCAAGGGUUUUACAGCCAGAAAGUGAAGGAUUUGAUCAACAAGAAGGACUGCAGAAUCGUCGUUAGCAUCAAUGAUAUUCGUAAGAAAAAUCCCAAGAGAGCACAAGAGUUGCUGAAUAACACCUCUGAAGAGAUUGCCGCCUUCGAACGGGCCCUGAGAGAAUUUGUGAUCUCCGCUGAUCCUUCAGCAUCCAAAGAGCAAGAGGAGUAUUACAUCGGCUUGGAAGGAAGUUUUGGGUCGAAACACGUCACACCACGAACACUGACAUCACGUUUUCUGGGAGGAAUCGUAUGUGUUGAAGGGAUUGUAACGAAAUGCUCCCUCGUGCGUCCAAAGGUGUUGCGCAGUGUCCACUACUGUCCAGCCACGCAGAAGGUCCUGGAACGAAAGUACACCGACCUGACCUCCUAUGAUGCUUUUCCAUCCAGCACUGUCUACCCUGUUAAGGAUGAAGAUGGAAAUCUUUUGGAAACAGAAUUUGGUCUCUGUGCGUACAAAGAUCACCAGACACUGACCAUUCAAGAAAUGCCAGAGAAAGCACCCCCGGGACAACUUCCUCGCUCCGUCGAUGUUGUGGCCGAUGCCGAUCUCGUGGAUAAGUGCAAGCCAGGUGACCGGGUCCAAAUUGUUGGAACCUACAGGUGCCUGCCAGGAAAACAAGGUGGAUUUACGAGUGGGGCGUUCAGGUCUGUCAUGAUUUCCAACAACAUUCAACUACUGAGCAAAGAAGUGGCUCCAAAUAUCUCUGGUGAAGAUGUCAACAAGUGCAAAGCCAUCAGCAAGCAUAAAGGGGGAGCAUUUGAACUGCUGGCACGAUCUCUUGCACCUUCAAUCCAUGGACAUGACUACAUCAAGAAAGCUCUUCUAUGCCUGUUGUUGGGUGGAGUGGAAAAGGUCCUUCCGAAUGGCACAAGACUCAGGGGGGACAUCAAUUGCCUGCUCAUCGGUGACCCCUCGGUUGCUAAGUCUCAACUGCUCCGCUACGUGCUCAACAUUGCACCACGAGCCGUUGCUACAACGGGCAGAGGUUCCUCGGGUGUCGGUCUCACAGCCGCGGUUACGACUGAUCAAGAGACAGGUGACCGUCGCUUGGAGGCUGGUGCCAUGGUUCUCGCUGACCGUGGCGUCGUAUGCAUCGACGAAUUCGACAAGAUGUCCGACAUGGACCGUACGGCCAUUCACGAAGUCAUGGAACAAGGGAGGGUCACCAUUUCCAAGGCUGGAAUUCACGCUCGGUUAAAUGCCCGCUGUAGCGUUCUAGCUGCUGCCAACCCAGUCUAUGGCAGGUACGAUCAGUACAAGUCACCGAUGGAAAAUAUUGGCCUGCAAGAUUCGCUGUUGUCACGUUUCGAUCUGCUUUUUAUCAUGCUUGACAAGAUGGACCCUGAAAGCGACCGUGAGGUUGCAGAUCACGUGGUGCGCAUGCACAGGUACCGAAAUCCUGGUGAACAGGACGGUGAACCUAUUCCUAUCAGAAGCACUGCUGACUUGCUUGCGACGAAAGAUCCCGAUGCGGAGGAUGAAAAGAAUCAAGACACGCCAAUCUACGAAAAACACGAUGUUCUCCUGCAUGGAGGAAAGAAGCGAACGGAAAAAUUGCUCAGUGUGGAAUUUAUGAAGAAAUACAUCCACAUUGCAAGAGCAAUCAAACCGGUAUUGUCACAAGGUGCCUGCGAUUCAAUUGCGGAAGAAUACUCGCGUCUGCGAUCUUUCGAAACUGAAAACACCGACAUUGCGAGGACACAACCUGUUACGGCUCGAAGUCUGGAAACCCUAAUCCGUCUCGCGACUGCGCACGCCAAAGCACGCUUUUCCCGCACUGUGGAACAAGAAGAUGCCCAGGCAGCAAUUGAGCUUGUGCAGUUUGCUUACUUCAAAAAGGUCCUCGAAAAGCCCCGCAAAAAGAGGCGGAGGGACGGAGCAGGCUCUGAUGAUGACGAGGAUGAUGACAAUGACGACAACGAUGACCAGCCGAAAGAAGCCAGGAAAUCGAGGCGUUCCCAACCACGUAAGAAGCCAGGAGAGGAGGGUUAUGACCCAUACGACUUCAGCGAUUCUGAAGGCACUGAAGAUGAUUCGGCUCCCAGAAAAAAGCCGAGGCAAGAAAAGUCAUCAAAAACGUCGCAGGAGAAAACAGAUUCUGCUGCUGCAUCUACAUCUGCACCGGAAGUUUCAAGUGAAAGGAUGGGUCACUUCCGCACCUUGCUUGGAAACCUUUUCAAGUGCACCCACACCCAGUCUCAGCCUGUGGCAGGAAUUAUCGAGUAUUUUGCCAAGGAAGAGAAGAAUGAUCCCUUCACACAGGAAGAAAUAGAUAUCGCCUUGCAGAAGAUGAUGGACGAAAACCAAGUUAUGGUGGCAGACAAUAUUGUCUUCCUUAUUUAAGCUAAAUCUUUAGUGCUACUCUGUACAUAUAUACAUACAUGCAGCCUUUCAUAAUUGAGACAACCUUUUUAUUUUACUGUUGUUCAAUUCUUAAUAAACUAAUUCAUUCCUACGG